CUUCUGUAAGCUACGCGAAGGAAUGCAAAAUUUUUUGCAAGGGUCAAAAUAUGCAUGAAACUGGGGACAGCGCGAGCGGCUGUUAUGGACUUAGUCCUGAUGAUCCCUUCAAGAGUUGCGAUGUCAGCGCACCCGGUACUUCGUACAAAUUUUUCGACGAUUUUGGCUGUAAGGGAAAUGUUGUUCGUACUGGCAAAGAUUUUACC